AUGGAGGCGUACAAGGUCCACCCGCUCGUCCUCGUGGAGAUCUCGGACUACUUCACGAGGACGAAGAUGAACAUCGACCCGCCCGAGGCGGAGCCGGACCGCCUGAUCGGAUGCCUUCUCGGCACGCAGACGCCGCGCGAGGUCGAGAUUAAUAGCUCGUUCGAGUGCCUGUACGCGCGCCCGGACGGCGCCAACGGCGCGAUCGAGCUCGACUGGAAGUUCCUGAGCGAGCAGAAGGACCGAUACAAGCAGACGCACGCGAAGCUGGAGAUCGUGGGGUGGUACAGCACCGGCGAGGCGCUCGAUCCGGUCGUCGACGUCGCGGUGACCAGGGCGCUGGCGUCGCGCGGCGUCGCCGAGUCGCCCGUGUUCAUGCUGUACGACCCGUACUUGAACGACAAGAAAGCCGAGGCGUACGAGCGCGCGAAACAAGCGGCGUCAUCCGCGGGAGGAGGAGGAGGAAGCGGCGGUAAUAGCGGCGGCGGAGGCGGCGGCGACGACGCGGCGGUGGGGCCGAUGGAAGGGAUCAACACGCGAGACGCGUUGACGGGCGCGGCGGCGGAGAUCCCCAUCGGCCUGCACCGCGCGGUCCAACGCGGCGGGGAUGUACUCGCGCUGGAGCUCGUGAAGUACUCGAUCGUCACCGACGAGGCGGAGAGGAUCGCGAUCGACGACCUGAUGCGCGCCGGGGACUGGGGGCAGCAGACGCCCGCGGGGCAGUACCUGUCGCACCUCCGAGGCAUGGCGGACGCGACGCGGAUGCUGGAGACGCGCGUCGGGGCGGUGUUGAACCACCUGCGCGACAGCGGCGCGACGCCGAUCGACCACGACGUCGUCCGCGCGGCGAUGCGGAUGAUGCGCGCGCUGCCCGGGGCGGGACGCGACGAGGAGGACGACCGGUUCGACGCGCACAAGCUCGAGGAGAUGAACGACACGCUGAUGACGAGUUAUCUCACGACCAUCACGAAGGGCGUCGCGGAGAUCGAACGCUUCGCGGAUAAGGCGCGUUCUAUACACUGGUCCCCAUACGACCGCGUUCGCGUGGUGAACGCCGUUUCUUAA